CAAACUUUUGUGACAACAAAAGCAAACCAAUAACUCACACAAAAUGCUAAUUAACUGACCAUAAACUGACCAUUAACUGACCAUGGUCAUUGUGCACUUAUUUACACCAUAUUUGACUACUUUGUGAACUCAUAUCCAAUGCAUAACUCGCGCACCAAAUGGUGAUUACAGGCACUGAAAGCCGUUGUAUUGAUUGGCAAUGCGUUUACAUUUGUGCACAAAAUCAGUGCUAAUUGUGUUGACAUUUGUCUGCGCUUUCGUUGCGUUCACUAAAUACUACUUCACUUCCGAUGACCCGGAUAUUCACGCCAUUAGUUUACCGCCGAGUGGUGGCCAACAGAUAGUCGCCACCAAAGAAGCCGAUCCCGCUUAUGUGAUACUCUUUUGGACCAAAUAUUUCAAUCAACCCAUUGAAUGGUAUUUAAGUGAUAGUGAGCUGACCAUCGAUGGCGAGCGGUGUGCGGGAAGUCCU